AUGUGGCUCAGGCCUCCCGCCUGGGCAUUGGCCCCCUGGACUCUGGCUCCCGGGGUCCGCUCCCACGUCCUCUGCUGCUCCCCUGCCCAGGACCUUCUGGGCAAGGAGCCCGUCCCUGCAGGGGGCUGGGGGGCCGUCUUCAAGUACGAGGGCUUGACUGAAGGCCAGGGAGAAAACGGCCACGCAGUGUGUGGCUCCGGGGCCACCCCGUUCCCGUGUCUCACAACCUGGCUGCACCUCCAAGCCUGGCCAGACCCCGUGUUCGAGGGAGACGCCCUGACUCUGCGAUGUCAUGGAUCAACCAACAAGGUCCUGUCCCAGGUGAAGUUCUACAAAGACGGAAAAUUACUCCAAACCCCGAAGACCAGAUGGUCCCUGUCCGUGGGGACAGCUACCCUGGAAAGCAGCGGCCAGUACAGCUGCUCUGGGAAGGUGGCCUACGUCCCAUACCUGGGCAGACAAACCUCAGAGCUGGUCAAGGUUCAAGUCCAAGAGCCGUUCCCGCCUCUUGUGCUGAGCGCUGUCCCCUCUCCCGAGCUCCGUGAGGGGAGCCCGCUGACCCUGAGAUGCCAGACGAAACUGCACCCCCAGAAGUCGGCCUCGAGGCUCCUCUUCUCCUUCCACAGAGAUGCCAGCACCUUGCAGGACCGGGGCCCCCACCCAGAGCUCUGCCUCCCGGGAGCCCAGGAGAGAGACUCUGGGCUUUACUGGUGCUGGGCCACCCUUGAGGGUGGUGUGGCCCAGAAGCAGAGCCCCCAGCAGGAGGUCAGGGAGAGGAACCUCUACCUGGACCCUGGCGAGACCGGCUCGGAGGCCCCGGGACCUGGGCGCCAGCUCUGA